ACCAGUGAGCUCGCGCUUGCUCCCUGCAUUGUGACGCGGGGAGCGCGCCGGGGUAUGACACGGAAGAGGCAAGAAUGAUGAUCGGAGGAUGACACUGCCUCCCGUUUACUGUCCUCUGUAGCGCACCGGCCGGCAUCAUGUGGAUCGUCGUGGCUCUACUGUCGGUGCUGCCAUUCACCCUUUUUGAUUUCUGGUAUUUUAUCCGUGGAACCGUGGUGUUACUGGUUGCCUCAUUCGAAACCCCGGUGAAGGAUAUCCUGAAGGAGCAAACAGUCCGCGGUGUUGUGCUCUUCCAAGACAUAGAUUUUCUGGGCCAUAUGAAUAAUUCUCGAUACUUGCGGGAGUGUGAUUUUGCCAGAUUCUCACUCUAUAUCCGCAAUGGUAUAUUCCAUGUAACAAGAAAGUUAAAAGCUAAUAUGGUGCUUGGUGCCGCAACAAUACGAUACAGACGAUCUCUGAAUUUAUUUGAACAGUUCAAGAUUCGAUCCAGGAUUCUUUGCUGGGAUGAAAAGGCGUUCUAUGUCGAGCAGGAGUUCAUCUCUUGCAGGGACAGCUUUGUGUGUGCCACCAUGUUAUGUCGACAGAAUGUGUUGUACAGCACCCCAGACAAGUUGCUGCAGACCUUAUGUAAGAGGAAAGUGGAAUGCCCAGAUUUUCCAGAAGAGCUACAACUGUGGAUCAAAUAUAACCUUGCCAGCAGUGCAAAGCUGAAAGCAUAAAGAUAACAGCAAACUGUCAAGAAACAGGAACGCUGGAGAUCCAUGGCAAUAGUGUCUCACUGGAAUUUCAACAUUCAGCUUGACGCUUUAUUUUAUUUAAGCGCCUCAUCAAAUGUUUAUUUUGUGUUUCAAGGAAAAAAAAAUAUUAUUACUGUUAUGAGGUUUACAUUAUAAAUUAAUGACAUUAGAGGGUACAUCUUUAGAACCUGUAAAGUUAAUAUAUUGCUGUUGUGAGAUCCUUAUUGUUGGAAGAAAAAAACACAACUAGCUUCAGUAAAUACUAUUAAUCAUCUUCUGGAUGUUUGAUGAAGAUCUCCGUCAAUAUAUAUUAAAAUAACUACGUCCCCAAGUCGUAGCUCAAAGUUCAGAGUAAUUCUUUUCAUGAUGCCUGUCAUUAAUGUCAUGAUAUCAUGUUCCAUUCCCAAAAUGGUCAGCCUAAUUCCAAUUGGUAAGGAGGGGGUUUGCUGGUACUUAAUUCAGGCCUAAAUACACCACCAUGUCUGAUGAACUGCCUAAUUUAAUGUACAGAAAAACCUUUUAAAUGAUCACCCAGUACUUCCAUGUAAAGCAGGUGAGUGAUUGUUUAAAGGUGCAAAUCAAAUUUGUAGGACUCGGAUAUAAUUUCAAUGCACAAUGUGCUCAUUGCAUUGUACCAGAUAAAGUUAGGACUAACGAGUAACAUCUCUUAAAGGGAUCCCGAAGAAUGAUCAAGAAAAAGAAAAAUAUUUAAUUUUCAUAUUAAAGAAAACGAUUUUCAGGAACCAGGAGAAACAGGGCCAAGAUGAAAUCUGUGCUCAGAACUGAUGAAAGACAGGAUUGUAUAGGACACACACACAAUAUUAUUACAAAUCUUGUCCCACUGAUUAGUAGUUGUAAAGUUCCUGCUAAGACUAUCAAUUUUAAUUAUUGAAGACAAGAACAUUUAUGUGACAACUCAGAAUCAUGCGUACACUUCACCAUGUGAUUCAUGUAAAGCAAAAGCUAAGAAUUUCCUCACUGUUAACCUCAAAGGGUUAGUUCGAUUGAACUACUACACAACAGUAAUGAAAAAGAAAACAGAAUUUGAGUGCAGCAAAAUGUCUUUCUCAUGGAUCAAAAUGGGAAUGAUGAAGAGAAGGCUACACAGGAGCUGUGAAACUGCACCAAACCAUGCCUGCACCCCACCAGCUCUAGUAUUCCAGAUAUUCUGAGCAACAGCACAGAAAAACAUCACAUAUAAUAAACACCCCAGGGAUUACCAUUGACCAGAAAUUUAGCUGGACCAACCACAUUAAACAUGGCAGCCACAAGAGCAGGUCAGAGAUUGGGAAUCCUGCAGUAAGUAGCUCAAGUCCUGUAUUCCCAAUGUCUGCCCAUCGUCUACAAGGCAGGUUAGGAGUAUGAUGGAAUACCCUCAAAUUGACUGUAUAGGUGUAGCUCCAACAACACUCGAGACGCUUGACGACAUUCAGAACAAAUGGCGUGCUUCAUUGAUUAUCCCAUCCAUCACCUUCAGUAUCCAUACCUUUCACCACUGAUGCACAGUGGCAGGAAUGGUUACAAUUUUAUAAGAUGCACUGCACCAACAUGGCCAUGCUCCUUGGUAUCUUUAAGGAAAUGAGUGAUGAUCUAGCCAGCGAUGCCCACAACACAAGGCCAAUAAAUGAGCAAAGUGAAUGGUGGGGCAAGCUAAUGAGGUGGUUUUGCCUCAGGGUUAAUGGGGCUUACAGAAAUGCUUCAAAAGGAGAAUCUUUAAGCAACAUCUCAUUUUGAUGCAGAAACUAGGCCAUUGUCCAGUUUGAUCAGUGACUGAAAAAAACCCCAUUAGUUUGUAAUAAUUGAAAGGACAUCUAGUCCGCCCCUUCACUGCUGGCUCUCUGCAAGAUCAACUGACCUUUUCCCUAUAGUUCUUCAAAUACUCUCUCUUCAGACGAUUAAGCAAUUUGAAAGCCAUGAUUGAACUCGCUUCUGUUGUAUUCUAAGACAAUGCAUUCCAGAUUCCAACCACUUACUGUAUAAAAUAAAGUUUUCCUAGAUUUUAAUGUUCUGCUAAUGGGAAUAGAUACUUUAGAUCUACUGUGUUCUGGCUGUUGUGUUAUGUCUUACAGCUGGUAUGUAAGUAUAGCUUUAACAGACAUGCCGAAGAUAUCAUCACUAUCAUAGCAUGUGACCUGAGUACAAAGGUCUCAGGCUCCACCUCAACUCUAGACACUUGAAGCAUGAUGUGCUGAUGGAAGCAUGCUACUCUUUGCAAGUAAAAAGUUUAAUGUUAGCCUGGACAUGAACCUGCCUGUGAAUGUAAUAUUUAUGUAUGUCAGUGAGCUGUAAUAAAUAUCUGU